CCCUCCCUCCUCCUGCCUCCUCCCCGCUCACCUUGCACCGUGCCCGGGGUGGGAGUGACAGAGCCGACCGGCAGCUCCGCGUGUUGUCGGUGUGUGUGUGCGCGUCCGCAGAGUUUCCCCGCCGGUUGAAGCAUGGAGGAGUUGGCCAGAGAGAGCAUCAGCCUGCUGGCUUCAGCCUCAGCCAAGCCCCCGCUGGAUGUCAGCGCCGGGCCCCGGCUCGGCUCCAUGGGGGCCAUCUUCAUCAUGCUGAAGUCCGCCCUGGGCGCCGGGCUCCUCAACUUCCCCUGGGCCUUCGAGAGAGCCGGGGGCGUGCGGAGCGCAGUGACCGUGGAGCUGGUCUCCCUCGUCUUCCUGAUCAGCGGCCUCAUCAUCCUGGGCUACGCGUCGUCCAUCAGCGGACAGUGCACGUACCAGGCGGUGGUGAAGGAGGUGUGCGGGCCGGUCAUCGGUCAGCUGUGUGAGAUCUGCUUCGUCUUCAACCUCUUCAUGAUCUCUGUGGCCUUCCUGGUCAUCGUGGACGACCAGCUGGAGAAGUUGUGCGGCUCCCUGUACGAGCUGGUCACCGCUUUGCCGGAGUCCGAGAUGCCGCAUCACUUCUACACGGACCAACGCUUCGCCCUGCUGCUGCUCUGCGUCCUCCUCAUCCUGCCGCUGUCCAUCCCCAAAGAGAUCAGCAUCCAGAAAUACAUCAGUGUUCUGGGAACUCUGGCUGCGACCUACAUGACCAUCGCCAUCAUCAUCAAAUACCACGCCAUGCCGACUGUCAUGGUGCACGUCACCCCUCUCUACAGCAGCGGGAUCAGCUCCUGGGCCUCCAUGUUCAGCGUCAUCCCGACGAUCUGCUUCGGUUUCCAAUGCCACGAGGCGUCCAUCGCCAUCUACAGCAGCAUGGAGAACCAGCGGCUCUCUCAUUGGGUCUUCAUCUCCGUGGUCUCCAUGAUCUUCUGCCUCAUCAUCUACUCUCUCACAGGGGCUUAUGGGUACCUGACGUUCGGAAAGGGCGUGAAGGCCGACAUCCUCAUGUCGUACACCGGAGACGACAUCCUGAUGCUCGUCGCCAGGCUGCUGUUCGGAGUCUCCAUCAUCACCAUCUACCCCAUCAUCCUGCUGCUGGGCAGGUCGGUCAUCCAGGACCCCCUGCUGAGCUGGCGGCGGAGGCGUGAAGGUGCGGUGACGGUGGACUUCGAAAGCCACAGCCGCUACGUGCUGACGGUGCUGUGGAUCACGGCCACGCUGCUCAUCGCCAUGUUCGUACCCGACAUCAGCAAGGUCAUCAGCGUCAUCGGAGGGAUCAGCGCCUUCUUCAUCUUCAUCUUUCCAGGACUCUGUUUGAUGUUCGCCAUGCAGUCGGAGCCGGUGUCCUGGAAGACCAGAGUCGUCCUCACAGUUUGGGGAGUGAUCACUCUGCUCUGUGGAGCGUUCAUCUUCGGCCAGAGCACCACCACCGCUGUCAUGCAGGCGCUCGGAAAGAUCUGACCCGUUCUUGGUGCCUCGCUGUGAUCCAGUGAUGACGAGACCUUAACUUGAACCCUUCAACAGCCCACGGUCAACUGUGGACCCCUGAACAACCAAGAAGUCCCUCAGAACUUACCUACCUUCUGGUCUUUACCACUGUGGACCAAACCCUCGUUCCUUUAGCUUGAGUAAUCACGUGGUGUCGGCCUGUUUCCACGCUGAGAUGAUCUGAUCAGGAUUUUCUGCAGUUUGAUCUACAGUUGUCCUCAACUUUUUGAAGAACAUUAUAUUUCACUUAUGUGUGAUCGAUUAGGAGGCCUGAUUGAGAGACCUGUUGGACCUGUCUUAUCAUAAACAUAAGACACUGAGGAGGAUGGAGGAUGUUUAGAUGUUCCUGUGCAUGCAUGUUUAAAAAGAAAGCGCUGCAUAUACUCAUGAAGUAUGUCAUGUAUGAGUAAAUGAAAAAAUAACUGAAUAAAACUUUUAUAUGA